GACUGUAAACAUUUACACUUGAAACAUUUGUGUUAAAUGUAUACAAGGUUGGAAGUGGAUAUGUUGAUAUGAUAAAUGAAACCAGCAAGUUUCCUGAUGAAACAGACUUUUGAUCUGUGUUAGACUGGUGUGAUAAAGCAGACUGGUUUUCUGAAUGAUCUCAUAAUGUUUCACCUGGAGCACUGAGAACACAUCCACUAAAUAAUGCUGAAACAGAGUUCUUGGAUUCCAAGGUGGAGAUGGAACAAAAACAGAGAGAAUUUUGUGGAAAUUUUGGAAAGGAUAAUUCAGAAAAUCCCAAGUUCAGUCUAGGUUCUAGGAAUUUGAAAUUUUUUAAAGAGGAUAUUUUUAAUGUACCAUUUGAUAAAUUAGCAGAUUCAGCAAGUUAUAAGCAUUUCACGCAUGUUUUUGUGGACAAUGAGGAUUAUGAAGACUUCAAACAAGAUUUGAUCAAUUUUCAUCGCAUGCGAAGUCGAUGGCAAGACGAUCGGAAAAAAGUUUCACGCGAGCGACCUAGCCGACUGAAUUCUCUUAUAGAUGAUGCUGAUAUACAACGUUUUAAAACGGAAAGAAAUGCAGCUGAUAACAAUGCAAUUGAUUCACAGUUUGAAGACCACAUUUAUGAAGAAAUUGAUGAUGUGAAAGAACAGGUCGCUCGACUGAGGGCAGAAGAACGCAAAUCAGAAACAGUUUCAACAAAUACAAAGAAAUAUUCUAGUUUGCAUGUUUGCAACUGUGGAGACAUCAAAACACAUUUAAGUUGCUCUGAGGACUGUGAUUGUGUUGAUUUUGCCCUUGAAUCUUUGCCAAUGAUGGAAUUCUUUCAAAAUGAUGAACAUUUCCAAGAGUUUGAUCGAGUGUUUGAAACUGUGAAAAAUAAACGUCGUUAUGCAAGUAACUCCAGUUUGGAUAAUUAUCGCUGGUCUCCACAUUCUGAUGGGAGAAAAUCGGAUGAUUCCUCAAGUGAGGCCGAUACAGAUACUGAAAUAGACACUACACUCAAAGUUGACGACAUAUUUUCUGACUUCUUCGACAACGAUGCAGAUUUUAAAAACUUUGAGGAAGAGUUUGGGAAAUUCCAGUUUAAGAGACAUUCAACAAACCUUGAGAAAAAGUGGCAUCGAAACUCUGUAUGUGAUUUAAUUGAGGAUUUAAAAGCUUUCUGUGAUACGGAUGAUACAAGUGGCUCAAAUGAACCUUGUGUGCGGUUGGGUAGUAAACUCAGCCUUCCUAGACUCUGGAGUCAAGGGGGUGAAUGGGAUUAUAUUUUUAACAAGAUUCGUCCGCGUAAUGGCCGAUUGCCAUCCUCAAACUCAGACACGUGCAGAUCCGAUUUAACUGUGGUCUGUGAUAGUGAGAGUGGCAACUGUUUGUUAGAUGACGUUAGUGACGUGUCUAAUCGAGAUACAGGAUAUUAUUCUGAGGAUAAAUUCAGCGCAGAUAAAAGUGAUAUAUGUGCAUGUGCACAGCUAUCACAACAUGACUGCCAGUACACAUGCCACCACCAGUGCCUACCUCUCAUCCAGCUCGAGUGCAAGUGUGUGUCACAUGACCAUGAGGACCAGGGGGCGGGGCUGUCAGGGGAGACCACUCUAGAGGACCUGUCCAUCCCUGCCAUGGAGCCCAUGUCAGAACCAGCCUCAGAAAAAGAUGAGACAGACUCGGGGUACCGUUCGGGUACGAUCCCCGAUGAGAAACUGCCGCCAAAACCAAGUGAGGCCACGCUGAACCGGGAAGAGCUGCGCAAACGCAUAGCCGAGUUCAACAGGCUUGUUCAGGGGGCUAACUUUGCACUGCGAGAAAGGGAGGACACAAGUACUUAUGACAAGGAUGCAGAUGUAGACAUGAAGACAGAACCAUUCCAGGGCUUUAUCAAGGUUGUUCUGAAUCUGGUGCGACCAAUCAGCAUGUCUCUUGGGGCCCGCCCACCUUCGAUAUAUGAGGUGCUCACACGAGAACACAUUGUGGAACAGAACACGCAAAAUAUCUCCUUCUACAUGCCACGUGACACUGUACGCUCCAUACAUGCGCACAGUGGUCAGUCAACGAAGGAGGUAGUGGCUUUGCUGCUAAAGAAGUUCCACAUUCUCGACCAUCCACGAAAGUUUGCCCUCUAUGAGCAGGAACUGAGAAACAACAAAAUUGCCCGUAUCCGUCGUGUGAAGGACAGCGAGUCUCCACUGGCUAUCUGCCUCAGUUGGGAUCUGGAGAACGUGCACAACCACAGACUGGUGCUUCAGGAGAAUGAGACCGGCGAAAUAGAUUGGGAUGCAUUCUGUGUGCCAGAGCUGGGUAACUUCCUGCGUGUGUUGGACCGGGAGGAGGAGGAAUACCUGGCCCAGCUCAAGUACAAGUACAAGGUGAUGAGGCGCCUGAUCCUGCAGAGAAUGAAGGAGAUACGUCAGGAGACAGAGAGACACAAACGGGCCUCCGUUCUAGCGGCGGAGUCAACGUCUUGAGGCCGGCAGGUGCAGUGGAGCUGUAGAGACGCCGUGGGGUGACGAGAAAUAGACCAGUUGUGAUUUGGAUGUCAAAGAAUUAGUCAGUGAACUAAUGGUUUAUAUUACAGUGGUUAAGUGUCAGGACAUGGUUUGAGAUUUAAUUUAUUUUAAUUCGUCAGACAUUUACCGUUAGACCAUCAGAAAGGCAGACCAAUUCAUGAUUUGUGCAACUGGUCAGUAUUGAUAAUAGGGGACAGAGACAUUACAUUGAUAUACUGUACUGUGUACGGACAGUCUGUGUACUGUAAACAAUGCUCAUUAAAACUUAUGAAUUACUACAGCGAUGUGUACAGUCAUAACAUUUUAUAGAAAAUGAUCAGGAAUCUAUGUAUGAAAUAUUCCUGUGGAGUGGUUAAAGAUUGAAGGAAAACAUACAUGUGAGAAAGAAUGAAAAAUUAACUGGUGUGAGAUUCACUGCUGAGGCCAAGUGAUAGAGAAAAACAGAGUAACAAGAAUCAAACUCGAUCAAAAUGUGUUCUCAAAAACUUGUUUGAUCUCAGGUCAGAUGAAAAAGGGGCUCACUGAAAACAUGACCAAAGAAGUGACUGAUCAGUGCAGAGUUAGAUGUAACACGGAAAAUAAAUGUGCUAAAAGACACAGAAAAGCAGACUUACCCAUAAAUACAAUGCUGUUGUAUAUAGGAUAAAUAUAUAUUUAUUUGGUUGAAAAUCUGUUAAAGCAAAAAGUAAUGUAAAUAAUUGUUGGUUAUAUUAACAUUAGAAACCAUGCAUACAUUAACAGAUUAAUCCUACUUGAUGUAGAUGUUGCUUGGGUUGGGAGGGUUGGGAGUGAAACUCUAUCUGAAAAACAACUGAUUGUCAGCUACAUGUACAACACACUCACGUUUAAGAACUGAUUGUCAGCUACAACACACUCACAUUCAAGAACUGAUUGUCAGAUACAACACUCACAUUUAAGAACUGAUUGCUAGAUACAACACUUUCCCAUUUAAGAACUGAUUGUCAGAUACAACACUUUCCCAUGCAAGAACUGAUUGUCAGAUACAAUACUUUCCCAUUUAAGAACUGACUGUCAGAUACAACACUUUUCCCAUUAAAGAACUGAUUGUCAGAUACAACACUUUCCUAUUCAAGAACUGAUUGUCUGAUACAAUACUUUCCCAUUCAAGAACUGAUUGUCAGAUACAACACUUUCCCAUUCAAGAACUGAUUGUCAGAUACAACACUUUCCUAUUCAAGAACUGAUUGUCAGAUACAACACUUUCCCCUGCAAGAACUGAUUUUCAGAUACAACACUUUCCCAUUCAAGAACUGAUUGUCAGAUACAACACCUUCACAUUUUACUGUUAAUAAUUUGAAACCCUAGUUCACAAACAGCUGGACUUACUCAAGGUCAGCUAUUGUGAUCACCCUAUUCCGCUGUUUGGCAUUGUUCGUCAUCAACUUACGCUCAUUUCCAAUCUACUGGCUACAUUUCGUCCAAUCUUGAUGAAAUUUGGUCAGAAUGUUUAUCUUGACAAUAAUUUUGCCAACUUUAAAUCCGGGUAAAAUGCAUCCAAACACUAAGUCAAAUCUUUUUACCACUGUAGAGGCCACAUUUAUGAUUCAAUCUUAGAAAAACCUUGUUACUACUCUAGACACCACAAUUAUGAUGCAAUAUUGAUGAAACUUAGUCAGAAAGUUAAUCUUGACAAUACCAUUGCUGAUUUUGAAUCUGGGUCACAUGUGUCAAAAAACUAGGUCACAAGUUGAAUUAUUAGCAAAGCUUUGUUACCACAUUAGAAGUAACAUUUAUAAUCUUGAUGAAAUUUUGUCAAAAUGUUCAUCUUGACAAUAUAUAGGCUAAGUUUGAAUCUGUGUCAGGCAUGUCAAGAACUAGGUGGCAAGAUCAAAUAUUAUUUUUAAAACGUGUUUGUUAUUCUAGAUGUCAUAUUUAUGACUCAAUAUUGAUGAAACUUGGUAAGAAAGUUUAUCUGUACAAUAAUAAGGCCAUGUUUUAACUCUGUCAGUGCUGGAACCGAAUUUUGAAGGCCUUUGCAAACAGCAUGGAUCCAGAUGAGACACCACAGAACAUGGCGUCUCAUCAGUAUCCAAACUGUUUGCUAUUCUGAUAGUAUUCUUUGAAAAAAUCAAAGAAAAUGCUUAUUUUAGAAAUUUAGCAGACGACAUUUUAGCAGACGACAAAUUUCCCAGCAUGCAAAUGGUUAAUCUGGGUCAAGUGGGUUCAUCAAUCACAAAUGGUUCAGUAAACUCAGGUGAGACCUUAAGGGCCAUCAGGCCCCUCAUGGUGUCAGGACAAUAAUACAAUAUGUUAUGUUUUAUUCUUAUAAAAAGAUGAAGAAUGAAUACUGUAUAUACAUACCGUUAUAUAGUUUAUUAAGCAAUCAUGUAAAGUUGGAUCUUUUAACAUAUAAGUAUUUGUUAAGAAUGCUUAAAAAUGUGUGAAACAAAGUUUGUAUUAUAAGUUUUAUAAUGUGAAUGAUAAAACAAACACAUUUAUUUUUCAGUUUAAGAAAUUGAAUGGCAAAACAGAGUUUGUACUUUUUUUUUCAGUUAAAAAAAAAUAAAUGAAAAAUAGAGUUUGUACAAUUAUUUUUAACCAGGUUUUCCGAAGGAAAAAACUGGUUAUUAGAUUGGCGAAUGCAGGCGGGCUGGCUGGCUGGCUGGCUGGCGGGCUGGCUGGCGGGCUGGCGGGCUGGCGGAACAAGCUUGUCCGGGCCAUAACUAUGUCGUUCAUUGUCAGAUUUUAAAAUCAUUUGGCACAUUUGUUCACCAUCAUUGGACGGUGUGUCGCGCGAAAUAAUUACGUCUAUAUCUCCAAGGUCAAGGUCACACUUUGAGUUCAAAGGUCAAAAAUGGCCAUAAAUGAGCUUGUCCGAGCCAUAACUAUGUCGUUCAUUGUCAGAUUUUAAAAUCAUUUGGCACAUUUGUUCACCAUCAUUGGACGGUGUGUCGCGCGAAAUAAUUACGUCGAUAUCUCCAAGGUCAAGGUCACACUUUGAGUUCAAAGGUAAAAAUUAGCCAUAAAUGAGCUUGUCUGGGCUAUAACUAUGUCAUUCAUUAUGAUAUUUUAAAAUCAUUUGGCACAUUUGUUCACCAUCAUGGGACGGUGUGUUGCACAAAAGAAUCACGUCAAUAUCUCCAAUGUCAAGGUCGCCACGACUAAAAAUAGAUUUAUUUUAAAACAAACUUACAAAGGGUGUUAAUUUUGUUUGUUCAUUUAAAAAGUUCAGUUUGAGUUGUCUCCCUUUAUCAGAUUUUUUUUCACAAUGAAAACCUGGUUUUGUGACAAUUUUGUCCCUUGUUUUUUAAUAUUUUGUUUACAUAUUUCACGGUGCUUAGCAUAAUAUUUUACCCGCUAGUCACAAACAAAAGAUACACGUGUUUAUAAAGGGAAAUUAUGUCAUGUUUGUUAACAAAAUACUGCCACUGCAGAGGAGUGGUGGAUAAAUAUGGUCAAUAAAUAAAUGUGCAAUGUUUAUGUCAUGAUAAAAUAUGUAGAACUUUAUUUUAAUUUUGGUUUUAUUUUCAUUUGCAUUGCAUAGCUUUUGUGUUUAUUUUACUAUUAUUUUGAGAGGGUUUUAUUUGUUUGCAUAUAAAUGAAUGGACAAAAUCCAGUAUCUGUAAAUUAUAAGUAUUUACUGGCAAAUUGUUUUAUAUCAUUUGAAAAGUUUACAGAACUUUACAGUUCUUUUCAGUAAAAUUGAAAUGUAAAUAUUUAACUUUACUCGUGUUGAUUUCAUUAGCAAGUUGUAUGUACCCUUACAUGAUUUAAGUCUACCUUAAAUGAUAUAGUUCUAUCUGAGACAAACAAUUUUAUAAAUUCAAGUGUUACUUUGUAGAGCACAAUUGGUUUUGAUUGACAUAUUGUACAACUUGUUAUUCCAGAAAGAAGUUCCAGUAAUUUUGAGAAGUUAUUUAGUAAAAUGCACUUUUGUAUACCCAAGAAGUAUAGCGAACAUGACAAGUAAAUCUGGGCUAUGGCCCAUGUUGUUUUAUUUUUAGCUCAUCUAUUUUUUGAAAAAAAAUUAUGAGCUAUUGUCAUCACCUUGGCGUCGGCGUCGGCGUCGGCGUCCGGUUAAGUUUUGCGUUUAGGUCCACUUUUCUCAGAAAGUAUCAAUGCUAUUGCAUUCAAACUUGGUACACUUACUUACUAUCAUGAGGGGACUGGACAGGCAAAGUUAGAUAACUCUGGCGUGCAUUUUGACUGAAUUAUGUGCCCUUUUUAUACUUAGAAAAUUGACAAUUUUGGUUAAGUUUUGCGUUUAGGUCCACUUUUUUCAGAAAGUAUCAAUGCUAUUGCAUUCAAACUUGGUACACUUACUUACUAUCAUGAGGGGACUGGGCAGGCAAAGUUAGAUAACUCUGGCAUGCAUUUUGACAGAAUUAUGUGCCCUUUUUAUACUUAAAAAAUUGAAAAUUUUGGUUAAGUUGUGUGUUUAGGUCCAUUUUAUUCCUUAAGUAUCAAAGCUAUUGCUUUCAUACUUGAAACACUUACUAACUAUCAUAAUGGGCCUGUGCAGGCAAAGUAAUGUAACUCUGACUGGCAUUUUGUCAGAAUUAUGUGCCCUUUUUAUACUUAGAAAAUUGAAAAUUUGGUUAUGUUUUGUGUUUAGGUCCACUUUAUUCCUACAGUAUCAAAGCUAUUGCUUUCAUACUUGCAACCAUUAUUAACAAUCGUAAGGGGACUGUGCAGGCAAAGUUAUGUAACUCUGACUGGCAUUUGGACGGAAUUAUGGGCCCUUUAUACUUAGAAAAUUGAAAGUUUGGUUAAGUUUUGUGUUUUGGUCCACUUUACCCCUAAAGUAUUAUAGAUAUUGCUUUCAUACUUGGAACACUCGCAAACUAUCAUAAGGGUACAGUAAAAGGACAAGUUGCAUAACUCUGGAUGUCAUUUUUACGGAAUUAUGGCCCUUUUUUGACUUAGUAACUUUCAAUAUAUGGUUAAAUUUUGUGUUUCGAUCCACUUUACUUCUUAAGUAUCAAGGCUAUUGCUUUCAAACUUCAAAUACUUUCAUGCUAUCAUGAGGUUACUGUACCUGGCAAGUUGAAUUUUACCUUGACCUUUGAAUGACCUUGACUCUCAAGGUCAAAUUAUUAAAUUUUGCUAAAAUUGCCAUAACUUCUUUGUUUAUGAUUAGAUUUGAUUGAUACUUUGACAAAACUACUCUUACCUGACAUACCAUAAUAGACUCCACCCAAACCAUCGCCCGUGCCCCCCCCUCCCCCCCCAUUUUUUUUUACGGUUAAAAAACUAAACUAUUUAUUUUGAUUAUUUUAUGUUUGAAAUACCGUCCAACCAUCGCACCCAAGAAACACC